GGGUGUAGUUCCUUUCAGCCAAAGGAAGAAAAUGUUAGAAAAGGCCAGAGCAAAAAAUAAGAAGCCGAAGUCUAGUGCUGGUAUCUCCUCUAUGCCAAACAUAACCGUUGGAACCCAGGUGUGUUUAAGAAAUAACCCCCUCUAUCAUGCUGGAGCAGUUGCUUUUUCAAUCAGUGCUGGAAUUCCUAAAGUAGGUGUGUUAAUGGAAUCUGUCUGGAACAUGAAUGACAGCUGUCGGUUUCAACUUCGGUCACCUGAGAGCCUGAAAAACAUGGAGAAAGCUAGCAAAACUACUGAGGCAAAACCUGAAAGCAAACAGGAACCAGUGAAAACUGAGAUGGGUCCUCCGCCAUCCCCAGCUUCCACUUGCAGUGAUGCAUCUUCAAUAGCAAGCAGUGCGUCAAUGCCGUAUAAGCGACGACGAUCUACUCCUGCCCCUAAAGAGGAGGAGAAAGUGAAUGAAGAGCAGUGGUCCCUGAGGGAAGUUGUGUUUGUGGAAGACGUUAAGAAUGUUCCUGUUGGCAAGGUGCUAAAAGUGGAUGGUGCUUAUGUUGCUGUGAAAUUUCCAGGCACCUCCAGUAAUGCAAACUGUCAGAGCAGUUCUAAUUCAGAUCCUGAUCCUUCUUCUCUUCUCCAAGACUGCAGGCUGCUCAGAAUAGAUGAACUGCAGGUUGUAAAAACUGGUGGAACUCCAAAAGUUCCUGACUGUUUUCAGAGGACACCUAAAAAGCUGUGUAUUCCUGAAAAAACGGAGAUCUUAGCAGUAAAUGUAGAUUCAAAAGGAGUGCAUGCUGUUCUGAAAACUGGGAACUGGGUUCGGUACUGCAUAUUUGACCUUGCCACAGGAAAGGCUGAACAGGAAAAUAAUUUCCCUACUAGCAGCAUUGCAUUCCUGGGUCAGAAUGAGAGAAGUGUUGCUAUUUUUACAGCUGGACAGGAAUCUCCUAUUAUUCUUAGAGAUGGAAAUGGUACAAUCUACCCAAUGGCAAAAGAUUGUAUGGGUGGGAUACGAGACCCUGACUGGCUUGAUCUUCCACCUAUUAGUAGUCUUGGAAUGGGUGUUCAUUCCUUAACAAAUCUUCCUGCUAACUCAACCAUCAAAAAGAAAGCUGCUAUUAUUAUUAUGGCUGUUGAGAAACAAACGUUAAUGCAGCACAUUCUCCGAUGUGACUACGAGGCUUGCAGACAAUACCUGAUGAAUCUUGAGCAAGCAGUCGUCUUGGAUCAGAAUCCACAAGUGCUGCAGACAUUCCUUGGCCAUAGAUGUGAUGGAAACCGUAAUAUUCUGCAUGCUUGUGUGUCUGUGUGCUUUCCAACCAGCAACAAAGAAACUAAAGAGGAAGAGGAGGCAGAGCGCUCUGAGAGGAAUACAUUUGCUGAAAGGCUCUCGGCUGUGGAAGCUAUUGCAAAUGCAAUCUCCGUUGUGUCAAGUAAUGGUCCAGGAAAUCGGGCAGGAUCAUCAAGCAGCAGAAGUUUGAGAUUAAGAGAAAUGAUGAGAAGAUCCUUGAGAGCUGCUGGAUUGGGCAGACAUGAAGCUGGUGCUUCAUCAAGUGAUCAUCAGGACCCGGUUUCUCCACCAAUAGCUCCUCCCAGCUGGGUUCCAGAUCCUCCUGCAAUGGACCCAGAUGGUGACAUUGAUUUUAUCCUGGCCCCCGCUGUGGGAUCUCUUACCACAGCAGCGACUGGCACCAGCCAAGGACCUAGCACCUCCACAAUACCAGGUCCUUCUUCUGAACCAUCUGUCGUGGAAUCAAAGGAUCGGAAGGCAAACGCUCACUUCAUACUGAAAUUACUGUGUGAUAGUGUUGUUUUACAACCUUAUCUUCGGGAAUUACUAUCAGCCAAGGAUGCAAGAGGCAUGACACCAUUUAUGUCGGCAGUUAGUGGCCGGGCAUAUCCUGCUGCAAUUACAAUUCUAGAAACUGCACAGAAAAUUGCUAAAGCUGAAGCAACUUCAAGUGAAAAAGAAGAUGAUGUGUUUAUGGGAAUGGUUUGUCCUUCUGGUACAAAUCCAGAUGACUCUCCUUUGUAUGUUUUGUGUUGUAAUGAUACAUGCAGUUUCACAUGGACUGGUGCAGAACAUAUUAACCAAGAUAUAUUUGAAUGCCGAACAUGUGGCCUGUUGGAAUCUCUUUGUUGUUGCACGGAAUGUGCAAGGGUCUGUCACAAAGGACAUGACUGCAAGCUCAAACGAACAUCUCCAACAGCCUACUGUGAUUGCUGGGAAAAGUGCAAGUGUAAAACACUAAUUGCUGGACAAAAGUCUGCUCGUCUGGAUCUCCUUUACCGCCUGCUUACCACCACAAAUCUUGUUACCAUGCCAAAUAGCAGGGGAGAACAUCUUCUGCUGUUUUUGGUACAGACAGUUGCUAGGCAAACUGUGGAACACUGCCAGUACAGACCACCUAGAAUUAGGGAAGAUCGUAAUCGUAAAACUGCAAAUCCUGAAGAUUCUGAUAUGCCUGAUCAUGAUUUAGAACCUCCUCGCUUUGCCCAGCUUGCUUUGGAACGUGUUUUGCAAGACUGGAAUGCACUGAAGUCCAUGAUCAUGUUUGGCUCCCAGGAAAACAAAGACCCUCUUAGUGCAAGCAGUAGGAUAGGUCACCUUCUGCCUGAAGAGCAAGUUUACCUUAAUCAGCAAAGUGGAACUAUUCGCUUGGACUGUUUUACACACUGCCUUAUUGUCAAGUGCACAGCCGACAUUUUGCUCUUAGAUACUUUGCUGGGUACUCUGGUAAAGGAAUUACAAAACAAGUAUACACCAGGACGCAGAGAAGAAGCUAUUGCUGUUACAAUGAGAUUCCUGCGUUCUGUGGCAAGAGUGUUUGUCAUUCUUAGUGUAGAAAUGGCUUCCUCCAAAAAGAAAAACAAUUUUAUUCCACAGCCAAUUGGAAAAUGUAAACGUGUAUUCCAGGCAUUAUUGCCCUAUGCUGUUGAAGAGUUGUGCAAUGUAGCAGAAUCUCUCAUUAUUCCAGUCAGGAUGGGAAUUGCACGUCCUACGGCACCCUUUACUCUUGCUAGCACUAGUAUAGAUGCCAUGCAGGGAAGCGAAGAACUGUUUUCUGUGGAGCCUCUGCCACCCAGACCAUCAUCUGACCAGUCUAGCAGUUCUAGUCAAUCUCAGUCAUCCUACAUCAUACGGAAUCCUCAGCAAAGACGAAUCAGCCAGUCCCAGCCAGUUCGUGGAAGGGAUGAAGAACAAGAUGAUAUCGUUUCAGCGGAUGUGGAAGAGGUUGAGGUGGUUGAGGGGGUAGCUGGUGAAGAAGACCAUCAUGAUGAACAGGAAGAACAUGGUGAAGAAAAUGCUGAAGCAGAAGGUCAACAUGAUGAGCAUGAUGAAGAUGGCAGCGAUAUGGAGUUAGAUUUGCUAGCUGCUGCUGAAACAGAAAGUGACAGUGAGAGUAACCACAGUAAUCAGGACAAUGCUAGUGGGCGCAGAAGUGUUGUCACUGCAGCUACUGCUGGGUCAGAAGCAGGAGCUAGCAGUGUUCCAGCAUUUUUUUCUGAAGAUGACUCUCAAUCAAAUGAUUCCAGUGACUCUGAUAGCAGCAGCAGUCAGAGCGAUGACAUAGAGCAGGAGACUUUCAUGCUUGAUGAGCCUCUGGAACGAACCACAAACAGCUCACAUGCCAAUGGUGCUGCCCAAGCUCCCCGUUCCAUGCAGUGGGCUGUACGUAGUACCCAAAACCAGAGAACUGCUAGCACUGCUCCUUCUAGUACGUCAGCCCCAGCAGCAAGUUCAGCAAUUUACAUUGAUCCAUCAAACCUGCGUCGGAGUGGUACCAUCAGUACGAGUGCUGCUGCAGCAGCCGCAGCACUUGAAGCCAGCAAUGCAAGCAGCUAUUUAACAUCUGCAAGCAGUUUAGCAAGAGCAUACAGUAUUGUGAUACGGCAGAUAUCUGACCUGAUGGGUCUGAUUCCCAAGUACAAUCAUUUAGUAUACUCCCAGAUCCCAGCUGCAGUGAAGCUGACUUAUCAAGAUGCAGUUAACUUGCAG